GCAUUAAAAACCUCCGGAGUAAGCUUGAUGGAGAAAUUUCAAAGCUGCAAGCCGCAGUCAAGGAAGUCAAAGAUACGACUGCAGCUACGGAAGCUACUAAUCAGGCUGAAAGAGGGGCCCAAGCCGACACUCAACACGAAGCAUCGAGGAACAUCCACAGCAGCAUUACGCAUCUACACGCUGCUCUAGAAAAGCGGACGGACAAGCUGGACUCAGCGAUGAAAGAACAGAAGAGACUCAUCCUGGCACUAAGGUCGUUUCUUGAAGAUAAGGCUGCUAUGCAGGAGCGUGCAGUUGCUGCUGAAGACGACCUAGAAGAGACGGAAGAGAAGAAGAAGCAGGAGACAUCCGUCGUGGCCACAUCCAUAGCCAGGAAGAGCCAAUGUGCGCCGCUAAAAGGGCCUUCGAUCGUAAGCGGGGCCAUAGGAAGUUCUGCUGCAGGAUCGGCAUCCGCAAAGAAAAUAGAAGAAGCUGCUGCACCCAAAUCAACAGCCAGAGGUACUGCAAACACCAUUCAAACAGCACAGGGGCGAGGCUCCGCAUGGGCAUCCGACUUCUCAAGGAUAACCAGCACCAAUCGAACAACCAGCACCAACCCAAUUACCAGCACCAACCGAUAUUCCAGUACCAGUAUUCCAUCAAGUACACAGCCUAGGAAGGAUACCAGAAAGCAGAGCUCCGGCGCUACCAACUACGCAAGCAUAGGACCAUGGUCUGGAAUGAGUGACACGGGCGGUGGUAAGAAGCUAUCGAAACUGGACGACGAGGAUUCGACCAAGCCUACCGAUGGAGGAGGGAAUGAUUUGAGUGGUAAUAGUGAUCUUACGGGCCCUGGUCCGGUCAUUCCGUCAUCUGGAAGCGGAGCAUUCGGCGACAGCUCGAGUGGAGCAACUGGGGGAGGAGGCGGUGGUGGUUCCACAGGCGGAGAUUAUUCAGGCGGCUACUCCAGUAGCUCCUCCUCUGGCUAUGGUGGUGGAUACUCAGGAGGCUACUCCGGUGGUGGUUCUGGAGGCUAUUCAGGGGGAGGGUACAGCAGGACCGUACCCGUCAACGGCGGUGGAGUGGACCCAGCCCCCGAGUUGGCUACGAAAUUUGAAAAUACUACCGAAGAAGAAAAAUUACGAGUCCUCCUCCAGAGCCCACGAGGAAAGGAGCAAUGGAUGGGGAUUCAACGAUGGCUCAUUUCUGAGGACCACCGGACUGAUUUUUGGUAACGGUAUGACCGUUUCUUAUAGCGUAGACCAACCGAUGAUGGAAUGGGUACCAAAAAGAGGAGCCACUAAAAAGAGAUGGGAAUGAUCAUAGGAAGCUAGAGUAUUUCCAAGGUGGGAAAGGCCACCUAGACGAUAAAGUGGCUAGGCUGCUUUGGGCUAGUGUCUUUCUUCGAAACCCCGCCGAACGCCUUCAACUCAACAUCAUUGACAAGUCAUAUGCUAUAGCAUAAUCACUGACAGGUA